AUGAGCUUUAAAAGGAGUUGCAAGCGUGUCAUCUUCGAGACGUUGGUCAAACGACUCCCUGGCGGUCUUCAGCAGUUGACUGUACCGGAAAUCAAGCAGAUAGGUGGUCGUGCCGGUCGAUACCGGCCAGCUGGCGCCAAAGAAAGCCCAAACGACAAGUCAAACGUGGGUUUGGUCACGUCCCUGGAAGAGAUCGACCUUCCUUCUAUCCAACUAGCCAUGAAUACGGAGCCUCCACCCCUUCGCGCCGCGGGUAUAAUCCCGCCUAAUGUCGUAUUCGAGCAACUCUCGGCAUACUUCCCCAAAGAAGUCCCGUUCGAGUAUCUGAUCAAACGAUUAAACGAAAUCUCUGCCAUCAAUCCCCUUUUUUUCAUGUGCGAUAACAAGGGCCAGCUUGAAAAUGCCGAAAUUAUCGACACUACGAAUGGCCUGCGAGUUGCGGAUCAGUUGACAUUCAUGGCUGCGCCGAUGGAUACCAAAACCCAGACCGCACGCGAAAUCACUGCCGCAUAUGCCGACUGUGUGGCUGAAAAUAAUCGCGGACGGCUGCUGGACAUUCCCCAUCUCAACCUGGAGAUUUUAGAGCGCCCUGUAUCUGGUAAUAAGGAUUACUUGCAUGAGUUGGAGAGUCUGCAUAAAGCUAUUAUCCUUUACUCGUGGCUAAGCUUUCGCUUUGGCGGAGUAUUCACAGAUCGGACUCUCGCCGCGCAUGUCAAGGAACUUGUUGAACAGCGAAUGGUGCGGGCGCUGACUGAAUUCUCCGCCAACAAGUCGCUACGCAAGGACGCAUCGUUGAAACGCCAGAUUGCGCUUCAGAAGCAGCUGCAUCGACAGAAGACCAUUGACUCACAAGGUCUCAUGCCAGAAUCCGCUGAAGGCGGAGAAGGCGAUGUGCGGAUCCGUAUGAAUGAAGAUGGCACUCCAAGGAGUACGGAAGCCGAAGUGUCACCGGAGGAGGAGAUGAAGGAUGAUUUGAAUGAAGAGAGCUUCGACGAGACAGUAGAUAACGAAGCUUCCAGUGCGGAGCUUCGGGAGUUGUCUGAGGAGCAGAUGCUGGACGCCCUCACAGGAGAAAGCCCUGAAGAGAAGGAGGUGCUGGAAAGCGAGAAACCCGAGCCACGUAACUCUGCGUGA